ACCUGGUGCUCCAAGCAAGUAAUGGAGAUAGUGGGUUGUAUGAAGCCACCAAUCCCUCUAGUCAGCACCCUUCAAUUUAAAAAGUAGAUCACGAAUGUGGUAGAAGUGACCAGAGCAGCCAAAACUACCUUCCCUUCUGGCCGUCGCUUGCGAGAGCCAAAGCAGAGAGCUUUCCUGCCAAAGCCCCCCACCCCCGAAAAUGUACGCCUGCUCAAAGUUCAUCUCCACCCCUUGCUUGGUCAAGAGCACCUCUCAGCUGCUGAGCCGACCACUGUCUGUGGUGGUGCUGAAACGACCAGAGACACGGACACGAACAGAUGAGAACCUCAGCAUCUUGGCAGCCUCACGUUCCCUGGCCUCACUUGUCCCUAGCCGCAGCUUCCAAACCAGUGCUGUUUCAAGGGACAUUGACACAGCAGCCAAGUUCAUUGGGGCUGGGGCUGCCACAGUUGGUGUGGCUGGCUCUGGGGCUGGGAUUGGAACUGUGUUCGGGAGCCUCAUCAUUGGUUAUGCCAGGAACCCUUCUCUGAAGCAACAGCUCUUCUCCUACGCCAUUCUGGGCUUUGCCCUCUCGGAGGCCAUGGGGCUCUUUUGCCUGAUGGUGGCCUUUCUCAUCCUCUUCGCCAUGUGAAGGAGCUGUCUCCACCUCCCAUAGUUCUUUCUCCCGUUCUCCUCUGCCCUGUGUAUUCCUUUCCCAUACCUCCCCAGGCAGCCUGGGGAAAGUGGUUGGCUCAGGGUUUGACAGAGGAAAGGUAAAUAAAUACUGUAUUAAUAAGA